CUAGGAGAAGAUAAAUGACACUAUAAAAUGUAACAAAAGCCAAAGUUUAGUUAGUGAUCACAUAUUUUCUUCCAUAGUUAAAAAUUUGAGAGAGAAAGGAAAACUUGAUUAAUCAAGCUAAUUAACUAUCACUCCAAUGGCCACCAUUGUUGUUCAUAGCCAAACAUCUCCAGUUCAAGAUGCUGAGGCUCUUCGACUUGCUUUCAAAGGAUGGGGGGCUGAUAACAAGGCCAUUAUUGCAAUUUUGGGUCAUAGAAAUGUUCAUCAGAGGCAACAGAUUAGAAAAGCUUAUGAGGAGCUUUUCGAAGAGGAUCUCAUCAAACGUCUUGAGUCAGAAAUCUCCGGUGACUUUGAGAGGGCCGUGUACCGGUGGAUGUUGGACCCUGCAGACCGUGACGCUGUUUUGAUCAAUGUAGCAAUCAGGAAUGGCAAUAAAGACUAUCAUGUGGUUGCUGAAAUUGCUUCUGUGCUAUCAACUGAAGAGCUCUUGGCAGUGAGGCGUGCCUAUCAUAACCGCUACAAGCGUUCCAUCGAAGAAGACGUGUCUGCUCACACUACCGGUCAUCUUCGCCAGCUUUUGGUUGGAUUGGUGAGCUCAUUUAGGUAUGAGGGAGAUGAGAUCAAUGCAAAAUUGGCACAAACUGAGGCUAAUAUUAUUCAUGAAAGUGUCAAGGAAAAGAAAGGCAACAAUGAAGAAGUCAUUAGGAUUCUUACCACAAGGAGCAAGACUCAACUUGUGGCAACUUUCAACCGUUAUAGGGAUGAACAUGGCAUCUCCAUUAGUAAGAAAUUGCUUGAUCAAACAUCUGAUGACUUCCAGAAGACAUUGCACACAGCUAUUCGUUGCAUCAAUGACCACAAAAAGUACUAUGAGAAGGUUUUGCGCAAUGCGAUCAAGAAAUUUGGAACCGAUGAAGAUGGACUGAGCCGCGUGAUUGUCACAAGGGCUGAAAAGGAUUUGAGGGACAUCAAAGAGCUGUACUACAAGAGAAACAGUGUUCAUCUUGAAGAUGAAGUUUCCAAGGAAACCUCAGGGGACUACAAGAAGUUCAUCCUCACUCUUUUGGGGAAACAUGAUUAAAGUAAUUGAGUUAAGGGCAUAUCUAUAAUGAGUUUGGGUUAUGAUGGCUUAUGAUUAUGUGUUUGCAUUAAGUUAUUUUCUUAAUAAAGUAUGUUUUGUUAAGUAUUGUAUCAUUAUGUUGGUUGCUUUGGACAACUUGAACUUUUAUGCUGUAUUGUUUCCUUUGGGAUAUGCUCUUAUGUUGUUUAUUUAGGCUAAUGGGAAGUUAUUAAUAUCAAAAUUAUAUUGGGGUAUGCUUGUAUGAUAUUUUUACUUCACUAUGUUCACUGAUUAUGUGUUUAAUUUAGUAUUCAAAUCUUUAGUA